GUUGAUUAUCAAGUUCCUGAAUUGAAUACUUUUAUUUUUUAGAGAGUGUAUUACAAAUUGGAAGGUGGUUUUUAGAGGGAGAAACUUGAAGGGGUAGUUUAAUGCUUUGUUUGGAAAGUUCCCUAAUUGGAGAGGAGAGAGUGUCUUUUGGGGAAGGGGAAAGAAGGAAUACAACGGGCAGAUUUCUUAGCUAUGUAUGAUAUUAGAGUUUGAGGAGCUAUGUCCAGUAAUUGAGAGAUUGCAGAAGAAUCGAUGGCGCCCAUGAUUGAUGACAUAAUAUAUGUUGCAGUGUCAAACAACGUGAAAGAGAGCAAACCAACCUUGUUGUGGACAUUACAGAACUCGGGAGGGAAGAAAGUCUGCAUCAUUCAUGUUCAUCAGCCUGCACAAAUGAUACCUUUGAUGGGAACAAAAUUUCCAGCAAGCUCAAUGAAGGAACAGGAAGUCAGGGCAUACAGGGAACUAGAGAAGCAGAAUAUGCAGAAGAUCCUGAAUGAAUAUCUUCUUAUCUGUCGUCAAAUGGGGGCACGGGCUGAGAAACUGCAUGCAGAGAAGGAUUGCAUUGAGAAGGGAAUUGUGGAACUCAUCUCCCGUUAUGGAAUCAGGAAACUUGUCAUGGGAGCAGCUGCAGACAAGCACUGUUCAAGCUGCAGGAAAACAAUGGACCUGAAGUCUAAGAAAGCCAUUUAUGUACGCCAACAAGCACCUUUAUCCUGUCACAUUCAAUUUGUCUGCAAGGGGCACGUGAUCCACACCAGGGAAGCUAGUUUACAUAGAGCUGAUGCAGAGGUUACUUCAUUGCUACAAGUAAGUCCAGACAUUGAGAAUGGACAAUCAAACCAUUUGCCAUUACGAUCACCUACAACAAGGCAUGAUCUCCGGGUAGAACUUACUAAUCCAGCUCAAGAUCUAUUGCGAAGAGUAAGGUCUGUCAAAAUUGAGAAAUUUGGAGGUAGCCGAACAGAUGUUUCUUCCCCAGUUAUCUCUGAAGGGUUCUCGAUUACAAGUACAAGUGAAAGGAAUGCGAUAUCCAGAAGAAGUUCUCCUUGGGGUUUUGGUCAUUCAGCAUGCUUUUCUAGUGAUAUAUCGUUGGUUGCAUAUGGAGAGACUGGGGAAAGUGGGAAUGGAUUAGAGCUGUAUGCACUUCCUCAGUCUAAAGAGGAUCUUCAUCCCUCAUCUCCACCCAGCGUACUGGACGGAAGUAUAGAUGAUACUCUUCAAAACCACCUGGAUAAAGUCAUGGCUGAGGCUAGAAAUGCAAGACAAGAAGCAUUUCAAGAGACCGUCAAUCGUGGGAAAGCUGAAAAAAAUGCUUUCGAUGCCAUACACAAGGCUAAAGCAUCAGAAAGCUUAUAUGUUGAGGAGUUGAAGCAAAGGAAAGAAAUUGAGGAAUCACUGGUGAAAGAAAAAGAACAACUCGGAAAGAUGAAAAACCAGCAUGGUAAAGUUAUGGAGGAGCUUCAAUUUGCCAUAGGUCAGAAAUCAUCACUGGAGAUGCAAGUAGCAGCAUCUGAACAGAUGGUAAAGGAGUUGGAGCAGAAGAUUAUCUCUGCGGUGGAACUCUUGCAAAAUUAUGAAAAAGAACGAGAUGAAUUGCAGACAGACCGUGACAAUGCACUAAAACAAGCGGAGGAGCUGAGAAAGAAACGAGGAGAGGCAUCAAGUGAGAGCAUGCCUCAGUUUUUCUCCGAGUUCUCUUUCUCAGAAAUUGAAGAAGCAACUCGAAACUUUGAUGCGUGCCUGAAGAUUGGAGAAGGGGGAUAUGGGACCAUUCAUAAAGGUGCCCUCCGACACACUGAGGUGGCUAUUAAAAUGCCUCACUCUCAUAGCUUGCAAGGCCCACUAGAAUUUCACCAGGAGGUUGAUGUGCUGAGUAAGUUGAGGCAUCCCAAUCUUGUUACACUCAUUGGAGCUUGCCAAGAAGCAUGGGCUCUUAUCUAUGAGUACCUCCCCAAUGGAAGCCUUGAAGAUCGACUCAGCUGUGAGGACGUGAAUAGUCUUCCAUUAUCGUGGCAAAUUCGAGUACGCAUUGCUGCAGAGUUGUGCUCUGCCCUCAUCUUUCUUCACUCAUGUGAACCUAAUAGCAUAAUACAUGGUGAUUUGAAACCCGCCAAUAUUCUCCUUGAUGCCAACUUGGUUACCAAACUUAGUGACUUUGGUAUCUGUCGUUUAUUCUCUCGAGAUCAAAGUUCUAACAACUUGACACAGCUUUGGAGAACUGAGCCAAAGGGCACUUUUGUGUAUAUGGAUCCCGAGUUCCUCUCCACAGGAGAGCUUACUUCAAAGUCAGAUGUUUAUUCUUUUGGAAUUAUAUUACUUCAGCUGUUGACAGGGAGGCUGGCCAUGGGGAUAGCAAAAGAAGUGCAAUAUGCAUUGGAUACAGGAAAGUUGAAUGCCCUAUUGGAUCCUUUGGCUGGGGAUUGGCCAUUUGUACAGGCUGAACAGUUGGCUCGUUUAGCAUUGAGGUGUUGUGAUAUAAACCGAGAGAGCCGACCAGACCUAGAGUCAGAAGUCUGGAGGGUACUUGAACCUAUGAGGAUUUCAUGUGGAGGCCCAUCCUCAUUCCAAAUAGGUUCCGAGGAACGUUGCAGUCCUCCUACAUAUUUUAUUUGCCCCAUUUUCCGUGAAGUCAUGCAAGACCCACAUGUGGCAGCAGAUGGCUUUACUUAUGAAGCAGAGGCUUUGAGAGGAUGGCUAGAUAGUGGGCGUGAUACUUCACCAAUGACAAAUCUGAAGCUUGAACACUGCAAUCUUGUCCCAAACCAUGUUCUUCGCUCUGCCAUACAGGAAUGGCUUCAACAGCAGUGAAAUCUUUGUCGUUUUCCUUGCUACUGAGUUGGAGCAUAAGUUUUGGUGUUCUUUCAUUUUCUUUCUUUGUUAAAAACGAUAGUUUGCAGCCAAAAGAAUAUCAUAUUCCUUUUGUAUAAAGGGCACUCAACUAGAUACAUGAUAUUUUUUAUCCUCUUGUAUAUACCACCACUAAAUACUCAUAUCAUGUAUCCUUUAUAUGGUAGCAUGUAAUUUUCAUCCAGAGAAUUACAUACACCUUUCAUUCUCU